AUGUGUUACAAUUUGCAUGCUGCGUAAAAUUGAAUCGAGGCAUAUGGUGAUAUUUUUUCUCGUUUUACAGUUUUUGUGUGAAAUUUUUAAAGACUAUUUUGCGUACCAGAACAAAUAAAUCACUACGCAUGGUUACAUUUGUUAGAUUUUAGGCGCUUUAAAGAAUGAAUUAAAAUUAGUGUUAAUGUUAUUAGAUCUAUUUAUGUUAAAUUUCACGUUGAAAAAAAAUCUAAUGGGAUAAAUAGAAUACUAGGAUUAGCGUUGAUUAUGUUGCUCGACUCGAACACCGAAAGCGCUCGCCAAGGCUCGCGCUCCCGGCGUUCUAAGCAACAUUAACUUCUCUGUAUUCAACGCUAACCUAGUAUUCUCUAUAAAUUGCUUUUUUGGUUCGAAUCAAGCAAAAUGGUUGUUCAAUUGUUCGUUGUCUGUUAUGUCAGUUCGAGCAUAUAGAAAAUAAAACUUCGUAAUACAAGUGUCAUUUAUUGUAUACCCAUAAAGGAAUGCGUAUCUGACGUUAUUAGGUAAUCUUUUUGUAUUUGGACAUUGGACAAUGUUAUACCAUACCGACCAUACUUAUUGAGUCCCACAGCAUUCCUGCAGUCCGGUCCGAUACCUCUCGCGCAUCAAAGUUUCCGCAUUCGAAUAACAAUUGUGCCCAACGCUUUGCUUAUUUAGUUACCAAGCAUGACAAUGGUACAGGUACUUUAUUAAACUAGCCUUCCUAAUGAACGCUUAUAAUUUAUUGAAAAUAAUGUCGAUCAACUAAUUACUUGAUAAGGGUUUCCGUUAAACAUGUUAUUUUACCUAUUAAUUAUUGAAAUGCUCCACAUGACAUUGGUCUGUGGAACCCAGAUUUUAAUAAGCUCGCGUUUACAUUAUACAUUUGUGAAAAAGGGAAAUAGAGGUCAGUGCUAACUAUCAAACUUAUGGCAAACACGCACAAUACAGUUUUCUGACGUAAAUUCGUUUUUUUCCGAUAUCAUAAACCGUUUCAUGACUUUGAACACUAGAUCUGUGUUGUUUUGGAACAUUUCAACUGUGAAGGCGACCUAUCAAAGAAUUGUUCGGUAACCCUAAAAUCUAUGAAAUAGUGAUUCCAAUUUUCGAGCGUACGAUGCAGCAUCAGGCCCUCUGCGGAUAAAUCAUUUCCCCUCCGGAAGUUGGUAGGAGCGCUAUCGGAGAAUACUCCUUGUAGUGGCAGCAGACGUCAGUCAGUGUAGCAGAAGACCAAAGAUGAACUGGAAGAACAAAACGCUCCUAUGGCGGCUCUUAUUGGUGUUUAUUCUUUACGGGGUUUUACCGCUUAACGAGUGUUACAUGCAACCUGAAAAAAGAAUGUUCCAACAUUUCGAUCAGUACAAUUACAUGAAAAUGGCUCAAGAAAAUGAACUUCGCAACAUUCUGCAACAAUCCGUAGAAAGUCUUAGGGCGCGUGAAAGACGAGGCCAUCAACUAGUAGCCGACUCUGGGUACGGAUCACGAGUCGGAGCAGGCGCUAAUUUUGCAAUAGCACAAAUGGCUCGCAACGGGAUAUUUAGCAUCCACGGCCCGGGACGUAAGAAGAGGAGUUACCACGACAACGUCAACGACAUUCUGCGCAGUUAAAAUUACUGUCUAAAUGUGCAUUUAUGUUAUAGUUCCAUGUUAUGAAUGCACAAAUAUUACUUACAUAUCUUGAUUGACGUUAUGUGUUGCAAGUUGUAGUUGAUAACAUCCAAAAUCGAAUGGAAUACUCAGAACUUAUAAAUUGUAUAUGUUUGCUGUAGAUAUGCAAUUUUCAUUUUGGAAUUUAUAGGAUUUAUGUCAGCUUUUUUCCUUUCGACAUCAUCUUAUAUAUGACAAAAACUGAACACUGAAAAACUUGCUACCAUAAUAAGAAGUUUAUUUUGAAAAUUUGAACAUCAUUUGUCCCAAACAAAAUAAAUACGAUGUCAUGCAUCUUUUGAAUUCUAGCCAUUGUAUUAUUCCAAUGUAUUUAUAUUAAAUAAUGGCGUUAAUAUUGAUAAUUCAUAUAUAAUACACCCACUUGCUUUGUAGAAAAUUAAAUCAGUCAAAUUAUUCAAUAGUAAAGUUAGUAGUUUAAGUUACAUCAUGUACUAAAUAACGCGUGUGACUAAUGUAAAUCUACACGAUCGUUUACUGAGAAUUACAUGUGCAUUAAAAAAGGCUAAACAUUAAAGUACCAAUCUAAAUUACCCUUUUUGAAAAGCUUCGUCUAGUGCCGUUCUCAUGUUCCCAUAAAUUGAAUUUCAUUUGCAAUUUUGGUCUCGUAAUUUAUUUUGGUUACUGUUUAAAAAAAACACUAUAAAACGUUUUAAUGAGAAACAACGAAAAAUAUAAAUCCUGUGAAAAUAAAAAAGAAUUGGA